ACUUUCAAUAUUUCCUCAUCUUCCUGAUUCAAACGAGGAAGUGAAAUGCGGAUCGUGAGCUGGAAGAAAAUUCCUGCUUUAAUUCAAAUUAUUUUACUCUUAAUUUUGGUGUUUUUGGUAAUUUCCUUGGUCUUCAUUUCGGCGUCAACGAAGUCUGAUGAAGUAAAUUUUAUAAAUAUUGAUCCAAAAAUACGUGCAAGGACUGAAGGUAUAUCCUCCACAUGUUUAACAAGAGAUAUAUUAAACCGUCCUGAUGUUCUACUGUACAGCAACAGAAGCCAAAGUAAAAGAUAUUAUUUGACUAUUGGUAUUCCAACCAUUGUUAGAACAAUUGGCAAUGAAUAUGUCUUAAAGACUUUGCACAGUCUUACAACACAGCAAACUGUAGGGAAGACAAAAGCUGAUAUACUUAUUGUCAUACAACUUGGUGACGAAGAGAGAAGCAAGAGAUUACAUUUAGCUGCUGUAAUAAAAGCAAAAUAUCCGCAUUUGAUAAACAGUGGUGCAUUAGAUGUUAUACAGGUUAAUCCUAGUUUCUAUCCAUCCUUUGACAAGCUAAAGCAAAGAUUUGGUGAUAGCACAGCCAGAAUAAAAUGGCGAUCAAAACAAGUCAUAGAUUUUUCCUUUCUUUUCUGUUACUGUCAUGGUUUGGGAAAAUAUCAUUUACAGCUAGAAGAUGAUGUAAUUGCAUCUCCAUAUUACUACCCAAAGCUUCAGGAUUUUAUUGAGAAGUAUGAGAAAAAAGAAGCAUGGUUUACGUUAGACGCAUCUUUGCUUGGAUAUAUUGGAAAGGUUUACCAUAACUAUGACCUUAAUGAGAUUGCAAGUUUUUAUUAUAUUUUCUAUGAUGAAAUGCCUGUGGAUUGGCUGGAGUAUACGUGGAGAGAAAUAAAGGGUCAAACUGGAAGGUGGAGGCUUCGUUCAGCCUCACUUUUUCAGCACAUUGGUGAUGUGUCCUCUUUAAAAAAAAAGAAACAAAUGGCUAGAGAACCAUACUUUGAUAACCAGACACAAAAAUUCUUAGGUCUUAACCCCCCUGCAGUGGUACAAACAACCCUUCAAUCAGAACAAAAGACCAAUAUAAAGUCUGCAUAUGAGCAGGGGGGUGGAUACUUUUGGGGAAGAUGUAAAGACAAAUCUAAGUGUGUGAUAAAAGUUAUGUUUAAGAAAGCAAUACCAUUGAAGAGAGUUGUUAUUGAAACAGGUGGAAAUUUUGCUCUCAAUGAUACAAUACAUCAAGGGACAUUACAGUUUGGUACUCUUCCUAAUGGCAAUGACUGUGUGCAUUAUCAAGCAAGUGCAGCUGUUUUCAAGAAAGGAAGUUUAGAUAUAAAAUUAUCUGAUAUUUUAACUGUGAAUUGCCUACAAGUUGACAUUCAAAAACAGAAAGCAUGGGUGUUGAUACGUGAGAUUAAUGUUUGGCCUGGAAACUAGUGGAUAUUUAUAUGCGUUGAUGGUGAUCAUUCAUUGCUUAGUGCUGGUUGUCUACAUAUAGUGUAACUGCGAACCUAAGAAUGGUAUAAUACCAUAUGGCUAAAUACAACACUACCCUGUCCUAUAGGAUUCAAUAUUUAUUUGAAUAUUGGGAGUUAGAAUGCAUGUU